AUGUCCAGACCCCAGCCGCCUGGUCAUCUUCUCCUCCCCAGAUUGUUCUUAUCUUCUCCGCAUCUCAAUUUGAUGCUGAACGAUGACAUAUUCCCAUCGUUGCUCGGUCUUAGCACUGAUAGUUUCUGUAUUACCAUCCGUGAUCCCAGCCUCCAGAACUCACCUGCUGCAUUCCAGUUUGCCUCGUCCGAUGACCUGAACUGGUUCUCCACGCAUAACUGCACCACAAUUGACGAUGAUAUCACUCUACUGGAGAGCUUCAAUGGAUCAUUUUCUCUUCCCGAUGUCACCAGUAUUCGCGGAAUCAUCACCUAUACCGGCCCUACUGAGACGUUUAAACUCACGUCGAUCUCGCUGCCGGACGUGCUGUACCUAGGUGGCAUGAACGUUGAUCUCCCAGGUAGUCAAAAGAUCAUAAAUGUAUCCGCACCGAAAGUGACGGCCAUCGACUCGAUCAAUUUGGCCUCUGUUCCUGCAAUGUCCAGCAGACACCGGACUAACCAGCUUAGUGUGAGACUCGACUCGUUAGAGCAAGUCAAUGGCAAUCUCAGCAUACGGGGGUUCGAUACCAUCGCUACGAAUUUCCUCGAUGAUGAGGCCUAUGGUCAACUCCCGCUCAGCUUUCCUGCCCUGAAAUAUGCGACUUUUAUCCAGUUCUCGGGAGUGAUUACUGAGUGUGUCAUCAGCAUAUGCAUCUACAUCUCUCGUCCCUGA